CUAAUACGUGCCACUCACUUCUCACUUCUCUCUCUUUCCCUCACUAUCUUAGACUAUAAUACUUUGAAAAGUCUUAUUCUAAAGUUAUAUUUGUUUAUAUUUAUAUAUAUAUUUUUGGGACAGACAGAUAAUAUUACAUUUGAUUCAAACUCAAAC